UCUGAGACAGCCUCAGAGGGGUGUCAGGACCAGUGGAGGGCAGACAGGCAACAACCAAGAGACAAGGUGCAGGCAGAUAGCAGGACAGAGCCAGACACAUUGGGGACAAGGACCCCAACAUUCAUCACAGAGCCCCAGAGGCAGCUGGAGCCUGCCCUGGGAGAAGCUCUGGUGCCAAACGUCCCCAUGGGCCACCAUGGGCCAUGGCCACAUGCUCUUCUCCUCUGGGCCGCAGUGGCCAGCCUGCUCCUCCCUCCUGCGGUGACCCAGCAGCUAAGAGGGACUGGGCUGGGCCACAGCAACUGGAACAACAAUGCAGGUAUCUCUGAGCCCUCAGAGGACAUGUCAGCUGAGUUUGGACAUGGUAUUCAUGGCCAUGGGGGCCGUCAAGAUGAGCAGGAGGACAUUUCCAUGGAAAAUGCACACCAUUCCCAGAGACUGCAGCGAGACCACAGAGACAGUGGAGAUGAGGACGAAGGCACCUCAAGCGAACAUGGCCACCAGCACCAAGGCCACAGGUACCAAAGCCAAGAGGUGGGAAAUGACAAUGGCUCUGAGGAGGUCUUCACAGAGCACAUCAGGCAGGCCCAUGGGCACAGAGGCCAGGGCCUUGAAGACACCAGGGAAUCGGCAGAGCCUGGGAACCCCUUCCCCAGCCACAGGAACCACAGUCAUGAAGACGAGGAUGAGGACGACAUCAUGUCUAGUGAGCAUCACCGUCACGUCCCCAGGCACGCACACAGAAGCCACGAAGAGGAAGACGAUGGUGAAGGAGAGGAGGAGGAGGAGAGGGAGAAGGAAGUGUCCUCUGAGUAUGGACACCACGCCCACAGGCACCGAGGCCACAAAGAAGAUGAGGAAACCUCAGAUGAACACCACCAUCAUAUUCCUGACCACGGGCAUCAGGGCCACAGAGUCAGGGAUGAGGAAGAUGAGGAUGUGUCCCCUGAACAUUGGCACCAGCCUCCCAGACAUGCCCACCAUGGCCUUGGAGAUAAGAAGGAGGAGGAGGAAGAAGAGGAGAUCACAGUCGAGUUCAGCAGCCAUGUUGCAAGCUACCCACCCCAAGGGCACCAGAGCGAUGAGGAGGAAGACUCCACAGAGAAGUACAAAACAGAAGUCCCUGGUCAUCACCACCACAGAGUCUCUGGGGAGAAAGAUGAGGACGUCUCUGCCAAGUUUGGCUCCCAGUCCCCCAGCCACAGGCAACAGGACCACCAGGGUGACAGGACUGCCCAUGGUCACCGAGGGUCCAUCCUAGAGGAUAUCAGCCACCAGCCCCCAGAGCACAUGAGGGUCAGGGGCAAAAGCCACUUGAGGGAGGACGAUUCUGGAGAGGAGGAAGAGAAGAAGGAAGACCACAGCUCCCAAGAGAAGGAUGGUGAAGGCUCAGAGCAGGAGGAGGAAGGGGCCCAUCACGGCAGCCUGGACCAGGAAGAUGAGGAAGAUGAAGAUGAAGGCCAUGGCCUCAGCCUGAGCGAGGAAGAAGAGGAAGAGGAGGAAGAGAGGAAGGAUGAGAUCGCUGAGUCUCGGGCCCCACUGAGCCAAGAUCAUGAGGAGGAGGAGGAGGAGGAGGAGGAGGGCGAGGAGGACGAGCUCCCGUUCAUCAUCAUCCCUAACCCCCUGGCCGGGAGAGAAGUGCCUGAUGAUGGCUCUAGUGAGGAGGAGAGCAGUGAGGACACAGGUCCAAAGGAUGCCCAGGAGUACGGGAACUACCAACCAGGGUCCCUGUGUGGCUACUGCACCUUCUGCGAUCGAUGCACUGAAUGUGAGAACUGUCACUGUGACGAGGAGAACAUGGAAGAACACUGCGACCAUUGCCAGCACUGCCAGUUCUGCUACCUCUGCCCGCUGGUCUGCGAAACAGUUUGCACUCCAGGAAGCUACGUCGACUAUUUCUCCUCUUCCCUAUAUCAAGCCCUGGCAGACAUGCUGGAGACCCCAGAACCCUGAUCUGGCCCUUGGCUGUGACAGAUGUCCUUCCCCCCGCCCUCCGACCCUUUACCACGAGCCAUAUUUAUUUCUCUGAAUAAACGUGCUCCCCGAAACCUCA